AACACAAAAAGAAUUAGCAUAUUAAUUUUUUUCUAGAUCAGGUUCCAGUUUCGACGUUAAAUAAUUUAAUUUACAAUUUAAUUUAUUCAAUUUCUACCAACCCUAUAAUAAUAAUACAUUUUUGAUUACACACCAUGAAAAAAGUGCGCACCUAAACGUGUUAUUAUCGGUUCAAUUGUGGGCCGUACGUGCGCAAAGCGAGAGGCUGAAUUGCGCGCGCGGUGCAUGCGUGUUCGCCGCGCUUUCCUAAUUGAAAGAAGCCAAAAGGUAAGCGAAGGUGUAAACAGCGUAAGCCGCUAAUAGAGAAAAACAAACAGAGGCGGAGCUUUGAAGCGGCAUUGGUCGCGCGCCUCUCGGGGGCGUGGAGCGGAGGCAGCAGCCCCGGCGGCGGCGGCCGAUCUUGCGGUAGUCAAACGCUCAGCGUCCACCGAGCAGCAACAGGGUGCGGCGCAGCUCUCCGCAGCAUCCCUCGACCCGGCGCUGAACCCACGACACCAGGAACACCCUGCAGGGACUAACUCAAGACAUGGUCAUCCUGCGCGACGCGGGCUCCCCGGCCAUGAGUGCAGCUCCACCAUGUGGUCGGCAAACAGGUCCAUUGACACCGGCCAGACAGUUUGACUGGGAUAUUAACGACACCAGCGUGCCCAGGGUUAGUCGGUUUGACGAAUUUUGCGAGUGGGCCAACGACCAUUGUCAAUUUGUUUACUCGCCAGACAGCGAGGAGGCAAAGAGACACGCGUCUGGCUGGGCGAUGCGCAACACCAACAACCACAACGUCAACAUCUUGAAGAAGUCAUGCCUAGGGGUGCUCGUCUGCUCGAGGGGUGAGCAGUGCGUGCUGGCCAACGGCGACACGGUGCACCUUCGACCGGCGAUUUGCGACAAGGCUCGGAAAAAGCAGCAAGGUAAGCCCUGCCCGAACCGCAACUGCAACGGCCGGUUAGUCAUUCAGCCCUGCCACGGCCACUGCGGAUAUCCGGUCACUCACUUCUGGAGACACACCGAGUACGCCAUAUACUUCCAGGCGAAGGGACGACACGACCACCCGCGACCUGAAGCGAAGUCAACCUCGGAGGCGCGACGUAGCCAGGUUAACGGCAAACGGGUGCGUGGCAUUGCGAUGCUGCUCGCCGGCAGAGACUCAAAGCUGGUGAAGAGAGAAAAUGUAAGCCGCGAUUUGGAUUUGACGCCCUCCUACAUGUGUCCUGAACAGCCUCCUCCGCUGAUUCCCGACUCCGAUAAAGGGUCUGCCUUCAGCAAUUCGACCUGCUCGUGUCCACCCUUUGAGUGCAUCUGCACGCCGGUCCACGCGCCGCAACCCCAUCUCUCCUACCACCACCACCUCCAGCAACACCAGCAGAACCAUUCGGCCGGCGACUUCUGGUCGCCCGAACAACCCCAGCAACCCCCUAGUCACCACCCGCCACCGAUGGACGUGCCCAACACCGGCUUCUACCCUGCCGCGCCCAUGGACUACCCCUGCGCCUACGACGGCAACAGCAACGUCCUGCAGCACCCCUACGAGUACCCCCCGGUCGUGGAAAACGACGCGUUCGGGCAAAUCUUCCAGACGGAAACGCCGAUCCGGCCUGAUUGCGGCAGUCUUUUGCCGGCGCCCAACGAGAUGUACGAGCAGCAGUCGGGCCCUGCAAACACUCCCCCCACCUUCACUGAACUCGGGGAGGUCAAGUCUGAGUUCCAGCAGGGUUGGAGCAAUCCUUACGAGAGACACUACAGAGGUGGUGGUUUCUACGAGCAGCGGCCCGAGGAGCCGAUGAUGAUGUCCGAGGAGGACGACUCGCUGGCGACGGUGCCGUGCGAGGAGGCGCGCAUGAUGCCCCAGUAUGUGAUCCACCAGGAGCCCCUCAGGCACCACCUGCCCGCGUCUGCCGACGCGGCGGUGGCCAUGGUGGGCUGCAUCAACUACGAAUCUCUUGUGGGUGACCACUUCAGCUUCCACGAAUCCAUCAACAGACAUCUGCACCACUGAUCGCAGUUUAUUCCAAACUUUUACCAUUCCUGAACUCAAAGAGUUCCAAAAUCUCAAGUUAUUAAUAUGUAUAAGCGCGUUGUCAGAGGAAGUUUUAUUGAUGGGAAAUGUGUACAAGUAUCUGAUGGGAACCCUGUGAAUCUCUUUAAAUGUGUACAUUCAAUGUUCCAAUAAAAGCAAAAUACUUAUAUUGCAAUGAAAAUGCUCUUUUUAUAACUAUCGUGGUUGCUGUUUUGCGUAUUUUUUUUUUGUUUAAAUGAGAUUAUAUAAUAUUUGGCUUUUUUCAAAUAUGUUAUGAUUUAGUUUACGAAUCUCGAGAGAAUGUGUCCAUCCAGAUUUUAGGUUAGGUAGUGUAUAUCUCGUCAUUGAAAGCUCAGAGAUUAACUUUGAAAUACAGUUCUUUUAUGCAUGUUAAAAAUGUAUGAAUUGCGAGUUGAAAUUUACAUUCCGCACAAUAUUGUUAUGAAAAUAUAUGCACAUUGCGCAGAGUAGAAUCUCAGACUACAAGUUAAACACUAUUAUUGUCGGUCGAUGUAUGUGUUGGCGCUCCAUUAAAAUGUUUUGUGUGUAAAAAAAAAUGUGAAUAUCAUGCCAUGGUACGAUUAUUUUGAUUUUUGUAAAAAUGCAAUAAAUCCGUAUGAGACAUGACUAAUAGUA